UAUUUUCAUUUGAAAACCAACAAGCGCACAAGGCGUAAUCGUGUUGUCGCAGUUAACAAUUGCAUUUAGUACAACAUUAACUAUCUUCGAUGAGAGUUGUAUUAUUAUAGAACGAACGAAAAAAUAUAAAUAAUAAUAUAUAAUCGUUUCGUAUAGAUGAAAAAUAGAAAUAAAUUGAUUUUAAAGCGAAUAGAGAGAAAAAAAACAUUAAACAAGAUUAUACCGUGUGUGUUAACAACUCACGUGAGAGGUUGUUUUUUUUUCAAGUGAGAAAUAUAUUAAAAAGUGAACAUAAUUAUCCAAAAGCAUCAUGCAUAACGAAAUCUAUGACAUGGAUAAAAAAUUGUGUUUUAGUGAUUGUUCCAAUUCAAUGUCUGUCCCCUCACCCUGUUCCUCACAAUCUUCAAUGUCAUCUUCGACAUCAGGAUAUUCCAGUGCCAAUAAUUUACCCCUAAUGAAUUUCCCCAGAUACGACAUUAAUAACGGUGACAUAAACAUGACAUUUAUGCCGACAACACAAAACUAUGAUACACAUACAUCACAUUUUAUCCAGCAGAGGGCGCCAGUUAUUGGUGCCGCAGAUCCUUCAGAUGUCAACUGUCUUAUCGAUGGCAAACAAACAAUCGCCUACACAUCUCAAUUGAUUUUGCAUGAAGAACCCACAGAGAAAUUCCGUUUCCGGUACAAAUCGGAAAUGCACGGCACGCAUGGCUCCCUCAAUGGGCAGCGUUCAGAGAAAAACAAAAAAACUUUUCCCGAGGUCGAAUUGAAAAAUUUCACCGGCCAAGGUGUCAUUCGAUGCAGUUUGUAUCAGACAAAUCUCGAUAAACCUUCACCGCAUUCUCAUCAAUUGGUUGUACGAAAAGAGGACAUGGAUGAGUGUGAUCCUCAUGAUGUUUAUGUGUCGCCGGAAAAAGGUUAUAUUGCAAGAUUUGAGAAUAUGGGAAUUAUACAUACGGCAAAGAAAAAUAUUUGCGAUGCACUUUAUGCAAAGAAAAAACAAAAAAUGAAAUUCGAAAUGGGCAUUACAGAGCUAUCGCAGCGCCAAGAGAAGACGUUGCGGGAUGAGGCGGAACGUGAGGGCAAACAUAUGAACUUGAAUCAGGUGCGUUUAUGUUUUGAAGCUUACAAAAUAGUCGAAGGUGGCUGGAUGAAAAUAUGCGAACCAAUUUAUUCCCGCCCGAUAAACAAUCGCAAAAGUGCCCUAACAGGUGAAUUGAAAAUCUGUCGGCUAAGUAGUGUGGCUGGUAGUGCUGCCGGUGGCGAAGACAUCAUUCUUCUAGUGGAAAAAGUUAGCAAGAAAAACAUACAAGUUCGAUUCUUUGAAAUGCGUGAUGAUGAUUUAGUUUGGGAGGCAUUUGGUGAUUUCUCCGAUGCCGAUGUACAUCAUCAAUAUGCCAUAACUGUGAGAACUCCAGCUUAUAAAAAUAAAGACAUCGAUAAAAGUAUUGAUGUUUCAAUUGAAUUGGUCAGAAAGAGUGACGAUGAACGUAGUACGCCAGUUGAUUUUCGUUACAAACCACGAGAGAUAGUACUUUCGAGGAAGCGAAGACGUACAUCAUAUUCGACUUCGACAACAUCAAGUGCUGUAAGCUCUUCGGAGCUUCCCGAAUCAGUUGUCACUGGAAUGCAUCCUCUGGCGCAGCACUCACCUCAGACCAUAAGUCAAGAGUAUAAUAAGAGUGAAGAGUUAAAUGCUCUUUUGGAACCAAGUUCCUAUCACAUUCAAUUCCAGAGUUAUAUGCAAAAAGUCACAACUGACUCGGCUGAACUCGCUCAAAAUAUCAAUCCAGAGCUAUUCAAUGACUUGUGUAAUUUAAUUGGACCCGAUGGUGAGCUUCAGACAGAUGGUGAAGCACCAACUACAAGGCCAAGAACAAGAUUUUUAGACCAAACUGCAUCAUUGAUUCCAACAAAGUCAACAUCCUCACCUCAUCCAGCAAUGAGACAUCUGUUAUCAGCCAUUAGGGACAAUACAUUGGAAAAGGACAAACUAGUAGAAAAAGUUCGAGGGAUAUUUGAAGAUUAUUCGGCCGAUGUUGACAGUGGUGAUACAAUAAUUCAUGACAUGGUUAAGAAUGGCCAACCAAAUGAUGCCAUAAUACUUUUUAAGGUUCUGUCUAAGCUCAACUUGACCGAAUUAUUAUCGCAGACAAAUAAUCUCGGACAAACUCCAUUGCAUGCAGCGUGUAUAUACGACCAGCCAAUGUUUAUCAGACCUCUGUUGGGACUCAAGUGCGAUCCGAAUAUUCAAGAUUCCGAAGGCAAUACAGCCUUGCAUAUAGCAAUAGUUGAAAACCUUAAAGAAUGUUUGGAAGGUUUUGCAUCAUUUAUAUCAUCAUCACCAGAUGGCGUUAAAUUUAAUGCCAAUUUGGCCAAUGACAAUGGAUUUACUCCUCUUCAUUCUGCUGUCAGACAUGGCAAUAUUAAUUUCAUUGAGAUUCUCUUGACAAAAUGUAAUGCUUCAGCGAAAAUUGCAAGUUCUCGUGAUGGCAAUAAUGCUCUUCACUUGGCCGUUCAACAUCAGAAUCCUCAAAUGGUCAAGUGUCUGCUGACCCAUGGACAGAUUCAAGUAAAUGCUAAAAAUCGUUCUGGACAUACAGCCAUCGAUUUGGCCAAAACAUUAGAUGGCAAUGUGAAAAAAGAAAUUCUGGAUUUGUUGGCGACGAAAUUGCCUGCAGCAAAUAACAACAAUGCCAACAAUAGUGUUGAAACACAAACAGCUGAUGUUAUUAAAGACGAACCAGAAGAUGACAAUGACAGUUCGACGGAAGAAGAUGAUUCACUGAGUUCGGAAAUUGAUGAACGCAAUGAGGAAAUACAAUUGAAACGUUUGUUGCAAGAUGAGGCGAAUUGCCGUCGUUUGGGCGAAUUGCUAGAUGUUGAUAAUAAAUGGAAGAAACUUGGCAGCGAAUUGAAAUUGGAUCAUUUGUUGUUUUUAUGGACCAAUGGAGAAGCUAUGUUAAAGUUUCUUGUGGCUACUGAUGAUAUGAGUGUGAUGAAAAUUUUAAAUGCAUUGCAUGCAAUCGAUCCGGAAGUUGGGAGUAAAGCAACGGCCAUGUUGAAAACUCAAUUUUAAUUGAUUUUUUUUUGUUUAUUUGUUAACAGUUUUUUAAAUUAAUAUAAAAAUAUUUUAUUCCGAUUUAAGAUUUAAGUUUGUAAAUAUGUAGUUUUAAGAUGAACAAAAAAAAAAUAUGUACCUAUCUAUUCCAAAAUAUAUAA